AAGCGGAAUGAAGACGAUGAAGACGAGCCUAUAAAUUGAUUGGCCUUCGGCUGCAUUCAGCUUAGUCCGAGUGCAGUUCUGACCACAAUACCACCAGAGAAUGCUCAAGCUUUACGUGCUGUUUGCCCUUCUCAGUGGUGGCCUGGCCGCCACGGUUAUCUACCAUCACCCGGUGAUCUAUCAUCAUCCUCUGCCGGUUGCCUCCACGCCCCAGGAGUUGGCCCACCAUCCUGGCUACACCAUUGUUGCACCUCUUACCAAGAUUGCCCACGUCACCUACGACUCGGUGCCCAUUUCGCAUACGCCCUACGAGCAUGUUCCGCUGUUCCAGAGGAUUGGUCACGUCAAAAACAUUAGGUUCUAACGAAAUACUUUAAUUUAUAGAAACCAUUCACAUGGUUUUAUAGGCAUCAUAUAUUAGCCGCUAAUGGUGUUCGACUUUUAAGAGCAUUAUUAAUUUGAAAUAUGAUUUUGGGUGGUAUUACCCAAGGCAGCUAUGAUAGGAAAUACCACUAAAGACUACACAAUAAACUCAAAAAAACACGUUUGUAAA